UGUGUUACUCAUCAUUAAUAAUGAACGUGUAAUGCUAAAAAGUAAUGAUGUACAGUAAUGCAGUAAUGGCGAGCGUUUGAGCAGAAGUGUCAUUACUUAGUAAUGACACUUUUAAUGAUCGUGUAAGGGCCGCUACCGAGAUUGGUUUUUGGCUUGAUCAUUUUAGAUUUUUGAAAAAAAUUACCUGGCAUCCUUGUGUAUCAGUACAUGCCGCAUUUUAAGUUGAAUUUCGUUAGCGUGCAUAUAUUUACUCACCUUCUACGUAGCUUAUAAUACAUGACAAUGCAAUGAAACAAAAUUCUAAAUCGAAAAAAAAACUUGAAUAUGAAGACAGCAAGCUUUCUGUUAGAUUUGGGUUACAAAACCACGGAGAAUGAUGAGCAACGAUUAGAAGAAAUAGUCCAAGCUGGAUUGGCGAAUGAAGAGUACCGCAUGUUGGUACAGUGGCUAGCCAAUAGCAUUAAACAAUAUGUUGAAAUAGAUGAAGACAUAUCAUCGGUAGAUGACGUGCAAUGUUUUGGUUUGGAACUGUCCUCAUUCCUCAAAGAAUUAUGCUGUCCUUACCAUGAUCUUAGGGAAGGUCCAUUAUCAGAACGAUAUCGUCAGCAAAGUGAUGCGUUUAUGGUUGUAGACUUUUUGGCAUGGGAACUGGCAACGCAUAUGAUACUAAACAGAAAGAAUAAAGCAGAAGAUUUUAGUCAAACAAACUUGCAGCGGGUCGAACCAAACACAGCGACAAAUCUGUUGCAAAUCUCAAAAAUUCUACAGAUCGAGACUCAAUCCAUUAUUCCAAAUAUAUACGAACAAAUAAAUGAUCAGUUGGACAACAACCCCGAUACGAUCAAAUGUGAGCUUUUGUUCGCUCCAAAAAAGAAACUAACAGUGGACCAAUGGAGAUGGAUUGAAAAAAAUCAUGAAGAGCUACAUGAAGAUCUCGAAAUCCGACUACAGAUGAUGCUAAAAAGGCUAGAUGUGUUGGUUUCCUGUUUUCAGUGGAAAAAAGAAUACUCCUCUGAGGUGGCUAAAGUUUAUCGACCACGACGUCGAAUUAUUCAUGAACUUGCUACAAAUAUGUUGGAAAGUGAUAUCGCAUUCCUGCUAGCAGCAGACAAAAGUUUAUUAACUCAGGAAAGGGUUAGUUCGUCCCGGGCGAGGGGCACAGGAAAGAAUAUGUUUCAGGGAUAUCUUUCACUGCCUGAUCGUGGUGGAACUUUAAAAACAGACCAUGUUCCGGUGAUGCCGAUGUGGUCAUCUCGUGAGGAAGGGCAUGCUGAUGAAAGUCUUCGGAAGAAAUAUCAAAAGCAGUAACUAGGCUCCGAGAGAAAAAUUGUAGUAAUUUAUCAGUCCACAUCCUAGCAGACUAUCCGACAAUCUGCUUGAGUGGGGUUCACUUCAAGCUAGUUGUGAGCCUACUAAAGCCGUUGAUAUGCAUUAGACCAUAUAGCACACCAGCUUCCUCCAUCAGCAGGCGCUGCUCUGAGUCAAUCCUACUGGUUUCAGAUACAUUAGAUUAUAUAGUAAUAGUGGAGAUAAAUAGGGGCAUACAGCAUUUAAAAGUUUACUAACCACUAUGUUACCCGGUGAACGACCACAAUUAGAGUAAAGCCGGGUGUAAAUCAACGAUAUAAAAAAAACUAUGUUUAUGGCUGAAAAAACGGUAAACAAAAUUUGAUGUAUUUAAACAAGCAGUGUGAACACAAUGAUGUAAUGAAAACCGCGAAAAUGUUACCGCAGAGACGAGAUUUGAAUUUGUAGCUAACUCCUAACCGGGGAAAUUGUUUUACUAAUUAAACUACCCUGAAUAUGAAAACACAUGAAGAGAAAGUCCAA